CCUGGUUGUUCUUAUAUGGACAACUCAUUCUCGUAUUCAUUCAAAACUCAAUACGUUGUGUGAUUAAGUUGCAAUUGCAACUCACGAUUACUUGAAGCAACUCUAAUGGCUUAACUCCUCCAUCCCUCACACGUAAAACUAGAAUUGAAGGGUCGAUGUCGUGGAUUUUUUUACUAUUAUUCUGGAUGGACUGGCAGUGGCACGCUAAACUGGACUCAUAUAAUGAGAAAAUUUGACGAAUAUGAUAGAGUGAUCAUUGUCGUAGUUAUAUCAAACUUUCAUUACCAAUCUGUUGCUAAUCUCAAAGUAUAAUGACCAUUUAUGUCAUUGAGCCGUUUAUUAAAUUUGAUUGAGGAGACGGCAUGGGUUGUGACUUGGGUGGUGAUAAAUUGGUAAUGGCGCUAUGGCGCAUGCCUUUAUCCUGCAAUCAGUGGUUUAGGCUUCCCUAAUGAACAAUUAUAAGAUAAUUAUGAUAAGAGGAAUAAUCUAAAUGGAGGCCCAAUUUAGCACAGACGUCUGAGAGAUUUCAAUUUGGGCCGAUUUUGCGUCUGGUAUUCGAAAUGGAGGCCCACUCUUUUAUUCCAUCUUUUCAUCAAUAUUCGUGAGGGAAAGCCCAAUCCGCAUAUUUCCGCCUCUUUCUUUCUUCCCUCCAAAACCUCCCACUUUCUCCGGCUCCGCUGCUCCGUCUUUCCCGACCACUCCAACUUCACUCCGAUCACCACCGCCGCCACCGAAGCUUUCAAGAACUGAAGAAUCGCCGAGAAUGGAAACAACUCCAAAAACUUCCCCUUAACUAAAAAAUCAGACCACCCUCCGCCACAAGAACACUACUCCUGCAAAUCCCUAAUGCUCCAAUGCAUUCAAUCGCUCUUCUCCUUCCCUUUCUCUGGUUCGCCGCCGUCUCCAAUUCCUUAACCCCCCUUCCUUCUCCUCUCUUCCCUUCCCACAAUCUCACUUUCUACGGCGAAGCCCAUUUCAGAAACGGCGCCAUUAGCCUCACUCAAGACCGCCGCCUUUGCUCUUCUUCUAGGUCACCCUCUCCCUCCGCCGCCGCCGACGUGGGCAGAGCUCUCUAUUCCCGGCCGUUCCGCUUCCUGGAUCCCAAGACCAACACCUCCGCUUCUUUCUCCACCCGAUUCAUCUUUUCCAUCAUCCACCAAUCGCCUCUCUGCCCUCCCGCCUCCGACGGCCUCGCCUUCUUGAUCACUUCCAGCCCUAAUUCCUUCAGCCUCUCCCCUGGAUUCAUGGGGCUCCCCGGCCCGGCCUUAAACCCUAGAGACUCCUUCGUCGCCGUCGAAUUCGACACCCACUACGACGCCUCUCUCCAUGACCCUUCCGACAACCACAUUGGGGUUGACAUCAACUCCGUCGUCUCCUCCGCCACUGCCCCCGCCGCCAGUGGAGGCAUCGAUCUGAGAAGCGGGAAGGAAAUCACGGCGUGGAUUGAAUAUUCGGAUCCGGAGAAAUCGGUCCAAGUAUGGCUGAGUUAUUCGCAGAGCAGGCCGCCGAAUCCAAUCCUUGUGGCCAAGCUCGAUCUCGGAGAACAUUUCAAGGAGUUCAUGUUUGUAGGGUUCUCUGCUUCCAACGGCCGCGGCGGCUCCGCCGUUCACCUUGUCAGCCAUUGGAGGCUCAAUACCAAUGGCUACCUUUCCUCAGCCUUCGAGCAAGGUAAUAACUGCAUCAUUUGCUCCUCUUCUGAUUACGAUCACCCAUCGACUGUAAUCACCAAUCGCGUAGAUGGAAAGAGGCCAGGCAAAGUAGAAGUCUUUCUGGGUGUAGCAGGGUUAGGUGCUUUAGCCAUAUCCAUGAUCUUGGUUCUGGCUGUGAGCUUUCGAUGCUUGCUUAGUCGAAAGAAGAGAAAAGUUAGAAGAACAACAUUGAUUCAUGGCACCAAAGUCGAUUCUGUUCCUUCUAGACUAUCGAUCUCCGAGAUAACAACUGCCACAAUGGGAUUCAGUAGUGCUAGAAUUGUAGGUGAAGGAGCUUCUGCAACUGUCUACAAAGGCUCUCUACCUUCUUCAGGUGCUGCAGUAGCUAUCAAGCGGUUCAAUAGAGCCGAGAGUAUCGAUUCCAUUCGUAACCCAUUCGUCACUGAAUUUGCUACAAUGGCUGGUUGCUUAAAGCACAAGAAUUUAGUCCAGCUUCAAGGAUGGUGCUGUGAAGGAACUGAACUGGCCUUAGUUUAUGAGUACUUUCCUAAUGGAAGCCUAGACAGAGUCCUCCAUGGAACAACUUCAGCUUCAUCAUCAUCACCAUCACCAGCUGUUAUUCUGUCGUGGAAGCAAAGGAUGAACAUACUGCUGGGAGUCGCUUCAGGUCUCUCGUACUUGCAUGAGGAAUGCGAGAGGCAGAUCAUUCACAGGGACGUGAAGUCAUGCAACAUUCUCCUCGAUUCCGAGUUCAAUGCCAAGCUUGGAGAUUUCGGGCUGGCAGAAGUCUACGAGCAUAGCUCGAUCACGAGGGAAUCAACCAUCCCAGCUGGGACAAUGGGUUACCUCGCACCCGAGUAUGUCUACUGUGGUAUUCCUACACAGAAGACAGAUGUGUACAGCUAUGGAGUGGUGAUUCUGGAAGUGGCUACAGGAAGAAGGCCCGUGGAUGAAGGUGGGAAAUUCGUUCUGGUGGAUUGGGUGUGGGGGUGUUGGGAGAGAGGGAAGUUGAUGGAAGCUGCUGAUGAGAAGCUGAAAGGUGAGUUUAGUGUUGUGGAGAUGGAAAGGGUGCUGAUCAUUGGAGUGGCUUGUGUUCAUCCGAAUCCGGAGAGGAGGCCGAGUGUUCAACAUGCUGCUAGGGUUCUGAGAGGGGAAGCUCCAUUGCCUGUCUUGCCGCCGAGGAAGCCCAAAGUUGGGUUUCAGUAUGGUGUGACUGAAGAGGAUGGUGGUGGGAUGGCUGUGAGUCAGCAAGGAGAUCAGAGCCCUGAUGAGAUGAUGUGGAUGACUCCCAGGAGCCAUUUUGGAUGAAACUUCUUAAACCGUUGUUUGUUGUUUGUGGCUAGAGUGGUUGUACAGUGGAAUACUGGAGUGGAAGAAUUGUGUAUAGAGGGUUUGACAUCAUUGUUGCUUUGUUGUAAGGUGAUCAUUGUUGUAGUAGAGAAUAAAUAAAAAUGAGAUCUUGUAAGAACCCUUGUUAUUUCUUGUAACUACAAACUGGCUAACCAGCUAAUAAGAGAGAAAGCAACGUAUUAAAGUCAAGAUAGCAUA